AUGCUGUCCAAACUCGUCACCGCCGCCUUACUCCCCCUCACCGCCUUCUCCUCCCCCUUCCAACACGCCGUCCUAAACACCCGCGAUCUACCCGCCUCGGUCGGCAGCGUAACACAAUUCCGCUACUCUGGCAAUGGGUGCACCCAAGGGUCUAACUCUGUGACGCGGUCCGGCGGCUGGGUCACCCAGACCUACAAAUUCUCCCAGUUCGAGGCCGACACCAUCAGCACCACUACCCCGAGCACGGAAAACUGUGAGCUGCACUUCCAGGGCGCCGGCCUGACCCCCGGGUGGCAGGUCAGCCUCUCCGACGCGGAGGUCACGGGCAAGCUUGCGCUGGCGCCGGACGCCAAGGUCAACUAUUACUGGCAGGUCUACUGGAGUGAUGAUGCCACCGACACGGUGAGUCUUGACCACGCUAUUGCAGACGCCUCGGAAGAGAACAACAUGAAGCUGACGCAUUCCACACAGCUCACUCUACAAGGCGCGAUAGAUAAUACCGGUGGCAAGAGCAAGAUUACCAACAACAAUUACACGAUCAAGGCCAACGUGACGGACUCGUUGUGGUCUCAGUGCAUCGGUGCCGACGGUAACCCGGGUAUCCUCAAUGUCAACUUCAGGGUCGCGGUUGUGGGCGAUGCAAGCUCAUUUGACGUUGACACAGAGACACUGAGGUAUCAGUUCAGGAGAUGCUGA